AGCGAAAAAAGUAGUUGUUGAUUCCAUAAGCUUUGGUGCUAUCCUUGUAGUAAUGUCUUGCUGCUCUUUCUGGUUCAAUGAAUAUUUAUGCCGUUUUAGGAGGCAAGGAUAGGAAGGAAGGGAGAUCUUCAGAUUCAAUCAGAAUGAGACCGCAGCCAAUUACCUGAACAGAAAUCAACGUCUUCAAACCAAAGUUGGUGGACUGUUCUGUGAUCUUGUUCCACGUUUCCGCUUCUGGAUACCAGUUCAUUUUGUGUUCUAGAUUUGUGGCUAACUUGGUACAAAUUAGCCAGAGAUAAGAUUAAGUUUUAGAGUUUUUAGGGUAGAGCGCAGAGAAGUGGUGAGGGAUGGGAAGAAAAAUGGAAUGGGCGGGACGAGCGAACCACAUGGGAGGAUUACCAAGGAAGAUAGUAGUCAUGGCUGUUGGAGCUUUUGCUAAGACUGUGGCCAAUUUUCUCAACACCACUUAUGUUCACAAUGCUGAUGCACUAAUUCGUCUUGUUCACUCCAGGCCUCGUGGCGUACCUCUCCUCACUGUUAGUAAUCACAUGUCCACGUUGGAUGAUCCGGUCAUUUGGGGAUUCAAGGGUUUUCCCUCCAUGGAUGCUAAGUUGGCUCGAUGGGUUCUUGCUGCUGAAGAUAUUUGCUUCAAAAAUUCACUUUUUUCCUAUAUCUUCCGAUUAGGUAAAUGCAUACCCAUUACAAGGGGUGGUGGAAUUUAUCAAGAUCAUAUGAAUGAAGCACUUGAGCGCCUAAGUGAUGGAGAAUGGCUACAUACAUUUCCUGAAGGAAAAGUGUCACAAGAAGAUGCACCUAUUCGGCGGUUGAAAUGGGGAACUGCUAGUCUUAUUGAUCGCGCACCAGUAACACCGAUAGUUUUGCCAAUUGUUCAUCAUGGUUUUCAAGAGGUGAUGCCUGAAAACUUUAUGUUUGGCCGAAGGCCUCCAUUUCCAUUAUGUAAUAAGAGCAUUAAUAUAGUUGUUGGGGAACCAAUAAAAUUUGACCUUCCCAAAAUGAGGCAGAUGGCAACUUCCAUGUCCCGUGAUCCAUAUCCUUGUAGCAUGGGAUGGCCUGGCAGUGACCCUCAUGGACUGGAUGAAGCAGCACGGAGAUAUCUGUACUCUUCCAUUUCUGAAAAAAUUCGGAAUAUAAUGGAGAGCUUAAGGAGCUCUUGUAAGAGCACUUGGAAGUAAAAGGUUCCGGCAUCUGAUUCUUUACUAAAGUUGGUCUGAAUUAAACAGAAGGCUCUUAGAAACCGUUUGGAACAAGAACAUAUAUUUUGGUAAGAAGUGGAGAGAGGACAGCUGCUGUCUCAAAGAGCUUGAAGCACAUUAUUAUUCCUCCGUGCAAAGAACAUAAUAAAAUUCUUGCCAGUAGGACUUGGAGCGUUAGGAAAAUUAAUUUUUAUUUUAUUUUAUUUGAAGUAUGAUUUUUUAUUGCUUUAGUUUACAGAUAGACAACGAAAAUAAAAGCCGAAAUUUUUGG